CAACUAUGAUUUCAAUAGACGAAGAAGAUGCCAUCUCUCUAUUUAAUGAGAUGAGAUUGGAUGGAGUAUAUCCAAAUGAUGUUACAUUUGUUGGACUAAUCCAUGCUAUAUCAAUUAGGAAGUUGGUGGAGGAAGGCGAAAUGAUUCAUGGGUUUUGCAUAAAGACUGGCUUUUUAUCAAAGCAUAAUGUUUGCAACAGCUUGAUCACCAUGUAUGCUAAGUUUGAUUCCAUUCAUGACUCCAUCAAAGUUUUUGAGGAGUUAAACUGUAGAGAAAUCAUAUCGUGGAAUGCUUUGAUUUCUGGGUAUGCUCAGAACGGGCUGUGUCAAGAUGCACUAAAAACAUUCUUGGUAGCAACUAUGGAGUCGAAGCCAAACAAUUACACAUUUGGUAGUGUCUUGAGUGCAAUUGGUGAUGCUCAGGAUAUUUCUCUGAAAUAUGGCCAAUGAUGCCACUCUUCCUUGAUCAAACUUGGAUUAGUGACUGGCCCAAUUAUCGCAGGUGC